AUGACUGAGGAGUUGUCUGCAACGGUUCCAGCAGAGGGCGAAAAAAAGAAGGCUGUCGUAUCCGAAGCAGAGAGUAAAGAAAAGACUGCUGAAGUAAAUUCAGACACUGCGGUACCUAAUGGAAAAACAGAACCGAAGGUAAAAGUUCGAGCGAUUAUUUCAUUACCCCUAUCUCGAGUUUCAACAAACACUGAAAUUGAAGGAACUCGAAGAAGAUGAUGAACCAGCACCAGCUAAAAAGCGCCAACAAGUAAAAUCGGAGGAAGACGAGGAUGAAACAGUGAUCGGUAUGUCUGCGAUUUUUGGAUGAAAAAAGUGUAUUUUCUUCCAGACAAAGCCGAUGCAAAAAAGGAAAAAGAAGGAGGGUCCAGUCAAAACGACGAAGUUGACAGUAAAGAUGAUGAAGAGGAGAAAGAGAAGCUUGAUGACGACGAAAACGCUGAAAAUCCUGCUUAUAUCCCUCGACACAGUUAUAUUUUAAUUGCAUCGAGUGUAAUGAAAUAUAUUUUACAGGAAGAUAUUUUAUGCAUGACGACGAUCGGCUGAGUGAUGAGAAUUCUCAAAGACAGGAAGCUGAGGAGCCAGAAGAGGAAGAGCCGAGGCCCAGCCGCGCGGAUGGCGCUUGGAAACACGAUCGGUUUGAUUUUGUUUUCUUAUUGCACAGUUCUUGUCGUUUAUUACUGAAAUGAAAAAUUUAUUUUGCAGUUUCGACGAGAAGUUCCAAAGGCCUAAAUCUAAGAAACAAAUCGUUACAAAAUAUGGUUUUGACAUUCGAACGAAUAAAAAUGAAACGAAAGAGGAAGGCGAUGGUCGAAAAAGCGAAUCGGUAAAAUUUGAAUUCGGAAGUGCGUGAUUCCUUUCGAUUUGAAGGCUGGGCGAGACUCAACGGAGGAAGAAACCGAUGUGAAACAAACAUCGCAGAGAAAGUCGCAAGAACGACCGCGGCGAGUACGAAGAGGUUGGAGUUUAAUAUUAUUUUUUUUUUUUGAAUUAGUAGAUUUCCUGCAUCUGAAAAAAAAUAAUAAUAAACAAUUGUGUUGCAAACAGAAUGAGAACGAGUAAAAGAAGGGUCCGUCUGCUUAAUUGUAAUUGAUAGUCCGCUCAUGGAUUACACUUCUUGGUGUUUUCAUAAAAUAUUUUUGUUCAUAUAACUCGAUUAAUUUUCUCGUCAUCAAUCUUUUGUAGGUGGGGCCAGAACUAACCGAGGACCUCGGAGGGCUCCUCAGCAUGAAGAAGAACGGGUGAAAGACGAAGAGGAGCGCGAAGUCCGAAAGGAACCUCCGCGACACGAGCAGAAACGAGAACCGCAAAAAGAAGCUCCCAGAAAACAGUUCAACGAGCCAGAAGGUUGGUUUAAUCGAUGAUAAAAAUUUUCUUUAUCUCCAGUUUAAUCAAGAAAGAUUGAAGUUCUGGUGGCAGAUGACAGUUAUUAGGAAAAUGGUGUUUUUCGAUUAUAGUUAUCUUUCCUAUAGAUAUUCCCUCUAAGGUGACAUAUCGUCCGAUGAGAUUAAAUAAUAUUUUUUUUUUUCAGCUCGCGAUAGCCGAAGCAGCGACGAACAGGAAGAAAACGUGGAGCGACGUGGAGUCCGAAGAACGGUCCCGUCGCGAAGUCGCGGCAGACUUUCGGGUGGUCGCGGGGGCCCGCCUCGUCGCGAAUCCAGGACUAAUGUCAAUGGCACUGCUCCGCGACUUUCUCGUGGAGCGCCACGGGGUGGAUCUGGUCGACAGGAGGUUUCUCACAGGUCUGUUUAAGCUCUAUUCGAAGUUUUUGUACAAAUAAUUAAAAGUAUGUGUUUUCGCAGAAAGGUUCAAAUACUUGCGAAAUUAUAUGCCGUGUUCAAAUUAAUUUCCGCGAAAUGCAAAAUUUCCUCUGACUCUCCGAAUUUCAGUUAUCUUUUUCUUUCUCUGACGGCUACUUUGAAUUUCGCGGAAUCACUUUAAACACAGCAUUAGGAUUUUAAAGAAAAAAAAUUGAAUCAAACUUUGGAGUUUAUUUUCACGCAAUUAUUUCUUCCGAGAUAAUUGGAGAUUGUACCGCAAUUUGCGCAUUUAAUUGAAAAGUGACAAAGAAAAGAAAAGUUAUUAUGGAAAUUUUUUUUCGCUUGAAAACAGCUCGAUUUCGAGGGUUUCUGUAUGGUCUUUGUUUCAUUUAAAUUUUACUCUCUCAAGUUUUUAAAAAGUGAUCAAUUAAUCAUAAUGAGAGCUUUCAGAGAUUCGCGGGAAGGUCCAAGAGGUCGUGGUCCCAGGUAUGAACGGCCGCAGCGCGACUACCGGAGCACUCGCCACGACGAUCGCGAUGAGGAUUUCGAAGACAGAAGGGAGAGAGAAAAAGACAACAGCGAACGAUUUGAAAAUCAUCGCCGGGGCGUGAUUCGAGGAGGUCGCGGUUUCACUCGUGGUAAGCCUUUUUAUUUUCAGGGUUCUAGUAACAUGAAUAAGCUGACAAACCCUAACAGAAUUUUGAUAUCUUUGUAGAAAAAAAAAGAUAUUUGUUUUAACUGCACUUUCCGCUACAGAAUUUCAGUGCGUGGCGAACUAAGGGUGAAGGCCAAGUGUUUGUUAGAAAUACGACUUCUCGAGUAUUUCCUCACUUUUUUCCGCUCGUUCUGUACGUAUCCAACCAAGAAUUUGUUUUGAGGAGUGACUCGAGGAGCUGCAACCGGAUACACACGAGGACACAGUCGGGAAGGCGCCUAUCGUGGACGCGGAGGGACUUCUUCCACGAGUUUCCGUGGACCUCGCAGAAAUAGCAGCGAAAACGAUGAUCGCUACCAGACACAUCAACCACCGCCGCCACAACGAGGUAAAUUUCAAAUAUUGGAAAACCUACUUUGGUCCUGCUCGGGUUUCUAAACGCGAGAAGUUAUUUACGGAAGAGAAAUUUAAAACUUACUUGAAGGUUCGAACGACUACCGUGGCCCGCCGCCUUCGACGGCUCGCGGCUUUUCUCGUGGCGGUUUCGUCGGUCGCGGAGGAGGCGUCACCAACGGCGUCGCACCUUCUUCGGCUCCCUUCACCAAUUCUCAAGACUUCCCCCCACUUCCAAGGGGUCCUCCAGCUCCACAACGUGGCACAGGAGCUGUUCAUCCGAGAAGGUAGUGCUUUGAAUUGAUUUUUUUGUUAAAGAGUCAGCUUGAAGUUAUUUUAGCAACAAAAUUCUGUUCCAGAGCGUUCAUUUCAUUCAUCGUUAGCUUCGAACGAAAAUAUAAACUUCUGAACCUUUUCUUUUUGCACACUCUUUCACCAAGUGUGUAAAAAAUCUUUUCUCAGGCUAGAGAUGAACGAAGUGUAGCCGAAAGGUUUUCUUUCAAGGGAUAAAUUGACCAAGCCACUUUUGCAUAAAUAUCUGCUUGUUGAAGUAUUGAUUUCCUGCAUUUAAAGAUACAUUGAAAAGCUUCAAAACAACGAAUUCGUCUUGAAAACCCGAAAACCUUCCAAAUUUGAGGAUGAACGGGCCACCUCCGAUGGCGCCGAUUGCCCCGAUGAUGUCGCUGAACAUGAUGCAGACAAGUGUGCCGCCGCCUCAAAUGGCCCACGGCGUCGCUCAUCCGCAUCACACGCCGCCGCCACCGCUUCACCACGGCUCCAAGAGCUUCCCAGCGCAGCGACAGCCCACCGACGUCGUCUACUUCGAUCCUGCUCAGCAGCCGGUUCGUUACUCGGUCAAAAAGCAUUUGUAAAGUGUUGAAUUGACUAGUAGUUAUCACUUGAUAGCGAAAAGAAAGCAAAUCUCAGAACUGAUGCGUUAUUUUCUAUCUGGAUAGUCGUUUUUUCUAGUGAUUGAAAAAAAAGUUAUCAGGCUGAACUUCAAGAAAAAUCACCGUUUGAAAGAACUGAAAGAAAUUGGUUUUUUGAUGUUGGGGAUGCUGCUUUUUGAAAAAAUUCACGAGUUAUUCUUGCUCGUUCAGGAAAAUAUAUAUGGGAUGAGAAAUCAAUACAGGAACGAUGAAAACCUUAAAAAAUAUAAGUAUAUCUCGUCUCAACAUCUUAAUAUUGCCAUUCUCUCUUUGAUUAUACAAUUGCAGGUUCUUCGUCAACCUCCACCGCCUCGUGAGAAAAAGGUGAUCCCAAUCGUGGCCCCACAACGCUAAGACCACUCGGAACACUUUUCUGAACACCGCCGUUGCUACCGCGGCUUCUUCCAGACGUGCAUUCUACACAUUGUACGUACCAUCUCCAUUUUCGACCUAAAUAUUGAGGUAAUAUAACUCAUAAUACUUGAUUUUUUUCAUCCGCAUACGUUUGCAGAGAACUUUCAAAAGCUAUAACUUUGUCUUCACUGAGUUUGGGUCAAGUACCAACUCAACAUGUUUCACCUGA